CAAGGCCCGCACACGCAGCCGAGUUCCCGCCACUGCCAGCACCGCGGCCGCUGCCAAUGAAACUCCUCCCGCUCCUAGUGGGUUUUUCCACUUUGCUGAAUUGUACCUAUACUCAAAAUUGCACCAAGACACCUUGUCUCCCAAAUGCAAGAUGUGAAAUACGGAAUGGAGUUGAAGCCUGUUAUUGCAACAUGGGAUUUUCAGGAAAUGGUGUCACGAUUUGUGAAGAUGAUAAUGAGUGUGGAAAUUUAACGCAGUCCUGUGGUGAAAAUGCUAACUGCACUAACACAGAGGGAAGUUACUAUUGUAUGUGUGUGCCCGGUUUUAGAUCCAGCAGUAACCAAGAAAGGUUCAUCACAAAUGAUGGAACCAUCUGUGUAGAUAUAGAUGAGUGCAGCGAAUCAGCAGUCUGUGGUGAUCAUGCAGUUUGUAAAAACAUCAUUGGUGGUUAUAUUUGCUCUUGUGAGGAAGGUUAUCAGACAUCAACAGGAAAAUCACAGUUCACACCUAAUGAUGGCACUUAUUGUCAAGAAAAUAUGAAUCCAGACUGCCUUUCAGAUAGCGAUUGUAUCACUGCAACAAUUCAAAAAACUUGUAAAAAACUUAGACACAAAGAACCUGUGACUUUGCUACAAGAAGUCUAUAAAAAUUCUGUGAAAGAUCUUUCACCAAUGGAUAUAAUUACAUGUGUAGAAAUAUUAACUGGAUCUUCCCCAUUACUGGGUUACAUAAAUAGCACUAGUUCAGCCAAGGACACUCUUUCUAAUUCAACACUCAUUGAAUAUAUAAAAACUGUGAAUAAUAUUAUACAAAAGGAUACAUUCAAAAUUUGGGACAAAUUACCUACAAAUCUUAGAAGAACUCAUCUUACAAAACUGAUGCAUACCGUGGAACAAACUACUUUAAAAAUAUCUCAAAACUUUCAAAAGACCACUCAGUUUGAUACUAACUCAAGUGACAUAGCCCUCAAAGCUUUCUUUUUUGAUUCAUAUCACAUGAAACGUAUUCAUCCCCAUAUGAAUGUGGAUGGAGAUUAUGUAAAUAUAUUUCCAAAGAAAAAUACUGCUUAUGAUUCAAAUGGCAGUGUUGCAGUUGCAUUUUUAUAUUAUAAGAAUAUUGGCCCCUUGUUUUCAUCAUCUGACAAAUUCUUAUUGGAACCACAAAGUUAUGACAGUUCUGGAGAGGAAGGAAAAGUCAUCUCUUCAAUAAUUUCAGUCUCAAUUAGCUCAAAUCCACCCACAUUCUAUGAACUUGAACAAAUAACAUUUACACUAAGUCACAUAAAGACCACAGAUAAGAAUAGGAGUCAGUGUGCCUUUUGGAACUACUCUCUUGACACCAUGAAUGGCAGUUGGUCUUCAGAGGGCUGUGAACUGACCUACUCCAAUGAGACCCACACCUCAUGCCGCUGCAACCACCUGACACAUUUUGCAAUUUUGAUGUCCCCCAGUCCUUCCAUUGGCACUAAAGACUACAAUAUUCUUACAAGGAUCACUCAACUAGGAAUAAUUAUUUCACUGAUUUGCCUUGCCAUAUGCAUUUUUACCUUCUGGUUCUUCAGUGAAAUUCAAAGCACCAGGACAACAAUUCACAAAAAUCUUUGCUGUAGCCUAUUCCUGGCUGAACUUGUUUUUCUUGUUGGGAUCAAUACAAGUACUAACAAGCUCUUCUGUUCAAUCAUUGCUGGCCUGCUGCAUUACUUCUUUUUAGCUGCUUUUGCCUGGAUGUGCAUUGAAGGCAUUCACCUCUAUCUUAUUGUUGUGGGCGUCAUCUAUAAUAAGGGAUUUUUGCACAAGAAUUUUUAUAUAUUUGGCUAUCUCAGCCCAGCAGUGGUCGUGGGAUUUUCAGCAGCAUUGGGAUACAGAUACUAUGGAACCACCAAAGUGUGUUGGCUCAGCACAGAAAACAAUUUUAUCUGGAGUUUUAUAGGACCAGCAUGUCUAAUCAUUCUUGUUAAUCUCAUGGCUUUUGGAGUUAUCAUAUACAAGGUUUUUCGUCACACUGCAGGAUUGAAACCAGAAGUUAGUUGUUAUGAGAACAUACGAUCCUGUGCCAGAGGUGCACUUGCUCUCCUUUUUCUUCUCGGCACCACCUGGAUCUUUGGUGUUCUGCAUGUUGCACAUGCGUCAGUGGUGACAGCCUACCUCUUCACCGUCAGCAAUGCCUUCCAGGGCAUGUUCAUUUUCUUAUUCCUAUGUGUUUUAUCUAGAAAGAUCCAAGAAGAAUAUUAUAGAUUGUUCAAAAAUGUCCCAUGUUGUUUUGGGUGUUUAAGGUAAACAUAGAGAACAAUGGGUAAUUAUCAAUACACAAAAUAAAAAGCAAAAUUAUGGAUGGCCAAUGUAUACAAAUGACUUGAACAAGUUGUCCAGUUAUUGAGUAUUAUUUAAUCAAAAUUUUAAUCAGUUUUGUGUUUACAGUGUAGAACUGUCAUAAUAAGAGGUAAAAAUUGUUUACCAUACAGCUAUCAUAUGCUUUUCUACAUGACAUAAGUUAGUUAUGUCAAAAAUAGUAUUGCAGAUAUUUGGAAAGUAAUUGGUUUCUCAGGAGUGAUAUCACCAUGCCCAAGGAAAAAUUUUCUUUCUAACACACAAAAAAAUAUAUAUAUGAAUGUCCUGAAGGAAACCACUGGCUUGAUAUUUUUGUGACUCAUGCUGCCUUUGAAACUAGUCCCCUAUCACCUUGGUAAUGAGCUUUGUUACAGAAAGUGGAACAUAAGAGAAUGAAGGGGCAGAAUAUAAAACAGUAGAAAGGGAGUAGCUGUUACAAUGAUGAGAAGUAUUUUGAGUAAACUUGUUUCUUUGUAAAGUAGAUGGGGAUUUAUAGAGAUAGAAUAAAGAAUUGAAUAAGCACAUCUUACUAUUUUGUGAAUUUUUCUGAAAUUAAACAUCUCCUAAUACAAUUUAGACCUAUAUUUGUUAUAUCUAUUUGUCUUCCAAUAUUCUUUUAACAAAACUCAAAACUUCAUGAGUGAGAAAGAAGUAUUUCUGAUCUGUUCUUAGCUUAACAUUAAAAUGAGGUGUAUGUUGUUUCUAUACUUAUCUCACAGACUGUGUCUUCAGAUGUUUAAUCAGUAAUAUACAAAUGUGUCAAAAUAUAAUAUUGUUCAUGCCUGUAAAUGUAAAAAUAGUGUAUAUAAAUAUUCCAUUCUGCAGC